AUGGCGGAGUUGACUCGCCAAAACCAAGAAUUACGAAUGGAGAUUAAUAUGAGGAGGCAAACACAAGAAGAACGUGAAGGAAGACAAACAAAUAGUCAUGGUGGAAGAGAGAAUACCGAAGUUGGAAGUCAGUUUAGAGGCACCACUUCACGAACGGUACCGUAUUUGAAGGAAGAAAUGGACCAAAUGAAGAGAGGGGUGACGUAUCAGAGGUUGGUCAACCACAUGUUCCGUCCGCAGAUUGGGCGGAAUGUGGAAGUCUAUGUAGAUGACAUGCUGGUUCUCAAAAAAGCAUUCGAAUGGACCGACGAGUGUCAGAGAGCUUUCGAAGAUUUGAAGGUAUACCUUACCAUGGCACCUCUGCUGAGUCCAUCAGUGGAAGGAGAGGAACUAUAUUUGUACCUAGCAGUAACCCCACAUGCAGUGAGCUCCGCAUUGAUAAGAGAGGAAGAUAAAGUCCAAAGACCUGUGUAUUAUACAAGCAAGGCAUUGAAAGGAGCGGAAGGACGAUAUCCACAAAUGGAGAAGUUGGCCUUCGCACUAAUCACAGCUUCAAGGAAGCUGAGGCAUUAUUUCCAAGCACAUGUCAUUAAUGUUAUGACAGAUUAUCCUCUCAAAAAGGCAAUGAAUAGACUGGAAGCUGCAGGACGAUUAAUCCAGUGGGCCGUGGAGCUAAGUGAGUUCGAUAUCAGGUAUCAACCAAGGCAUGCCAUAAAAGCUCAAGCCCUAGCAGAUUUUAUUGCAGAGUUUACCCCAAGUCAUAGAGAGACAGAAGACAGUGAGAGAUGGAUCGUUCACGUGGAUGGUUCGUCUACUCGGCAUGCAGGAGGAAUUGGUGUGGUCUUGCAAUCCCUAGAGGGAGAUAAACUGAAACAUAAAGUCCGUCUACAAUAUCAAGCGACUAAUAAUGAAGUCGAAUAUGAAGCCCUCCUCAAAGGGCUAGAAUUGGCGAAGUCCGUAGAAGCCAAGUCCAUAUGUGUCAUGGGGGAUUCCCAACUGAUCAUGGGGCAAGUGAAUGGGACGUAUGAAGCGAAGGAAGAAAGAAUGAAGAAAUACCUUGGUAGAGUGAUGCGCCUUGUGAAAAGGUUUGAAAAAGCUGACUUCGUUCAAAUCCCAAGGGAGGAGAACGUGGAAGCUGAUACUAUAGCAAAAGAGGCCUCAGCAGAUGAAUCAUUAGAGAAGUCAGAUGAAGUUCAAUAUAUGCCAAGUAUCGAUGUCUAG